UGGGGAACAGGUGACAUUCUCGAGAGCAAACAAAGGUCCGGCCGCUUAGAGGACAUGCUGUCUCUGGAUGCUCAACACAUCCGGGCUGGGGGAGAGUCCUGGUGGCAGGGGGUAGCUGGAAAAUUACUACACCUUUACAUUACCUCCCUCCUCCAGAAACACCCUUAGGUCACAGACAGUAUAGGCAAGACCGUGUGGAGCAAGGUGAAGGAAUCAAUGCCGGAGCUGCCCCAUGUCAAAGACAGCUGGGGAUCUGAAGAAGAAGAAGGUGAGAAGGAUACCAUGCUGGGAGGAAUUUGAGAUCAAGACUAGGGGAAGAGUCUGGACUGUCGACUGAGACAUGCAGCACCACAGCGAAGGGGUGGCAGAGGAGGGGCAUGGCGCGUCUAGGGAUACCCGCGAUCCCACAGACCUGUACACGGCUGGAGUCGCGCUUACUCACCUGGGCGCAAUACGGGGAAGAGCGGAGCCGCAGCUGUUACGGUGGGACAGUAAACCAGGUCAGAGCUUAUCCCAGCAGCCUGGGGUGACCCAGGAUACAGGACAGCAGUACCUUCAGUUCCACCCAGACCAAUCAGUUCUCAUCCUGCACGCCAAGGUAGCGCAGAAGUCAUAUGGCAACGAGAAAAGAUUCCUGUGCCCCCCUCCAUGCGUGUUCCUCAGUGGGCCGGGAUGGAAACUCAAACAAGAGCAUCUGAAAGUCAAUGGCUUAGCGGACUUUAGCUGUCGGCUCUGCGGCUACAUGGGUCUUGACAACCCUGGAAGUGCCCAGAUGGACAGCUUUAAACUGGCCUUUGAGGAACAAGCUGAUGCAAAGAAGUUUGCCUGUGCAAAGGCGCUGUACAUUUCUGACGCAGACAAGCGAAAGCACUUCCGACUGGUAGUGAAGCUUUUUUUUAGCAGUGGACACGAAGUCGGCUCCUUCUACAGCAAGCUGAUCAAAGUGAUUUCCAAGCCGUCUCAGAAGAAGCAGUCGAUGAAGAAUGCAGACCUGUGCAUUCUGUCAGGAUCCAAGGUGUCGCUCUUUAACCGCUUGCGAUCUCAGACCGUUAGCACACGCUACCUGGCUGUGGAAGGAGGUGCAUUUGUGGCCAGUGCCAGGCAGUGGGCAGCCUUCACCAUUACUCUCGUGGAGCGGCAGCAGACGGAGAAGGGGGAGUUUUCGCCGCGGGAAGGCUACGUCUAUUAUGGCUGCGUAGUCCAACUCAUCUGCACCGUCACCGGGGUAGCUCUACCCCCCAUGGUGAUUCGAAAGGUGAACAAGCAACAUGCCAUUCUGGAUGUGGAGGAGCCUGUCUCCCAACUCCACAAAUGUGCUUUCCAGUUCAAGGAGAGCAAAAUGUACCUGUGUCUCUCCAAUGAAAAAAUCAUACAGUUCCAGGCGUUGCCGUGCUCUAAGGAACCUGGCCGAGAGCUUCUGAACGACGGCUCGUGCUGGACCAUCAUUGGCACGGAGAUGGUGGAGUACACCUUCAGCGAGAGCCAGGCCUCCCUGCAGAGCUCCGUCACCCCCAUCCCCAUCAUCAGCGCUCUGGAGCUGAACGGUGGCGGACAUGUGGCCAUGUUAGAGAUACACGGGGAGAAUUUUGGCCCACAUCUGAAGGUCUGGUUUGGAAAUGUGGAAGCGGAAACAAUGUUCAGGACUCCCAAGUCGAUGCUGUGUGUUGUACCAGACGUGUCAGUGUUCAGUGGGGAGUGGAAAUGGCUGCGGCACCCAAUCACCGUCCCCCUGUCCUUAAUCCGCUCAGAUGGUUUGAUCUACAGGAGCACCUUCACCUUCACCUACACCCCAGAGCACAGCCCCCCCGCCAAGCCCAAGGUGCCUCUUGAGCACAACACAGACUCUGACAGCCUCAUACACUCCAUUCACCAGGAGUUCACACGCACCAAUUUCCACCUCUUCAUGCAGAAUUAGCCUAGAGGCAGGGGCAGCCUUAGGAGCUACAGAAGAAAUCCAAUAAUCCAGCAAUUCAACUGUCCAACAGUCGGGUGAAAAAAGCAACUCCAGGCCAGAUGUCCAACAGUCCAAUUGCUCAGCUGUCCAACAGGCUAGCUGUUCCAACAACUCAACAGACCAGCUGUCCAACAGCCCAGUAGCCUAGAUUUCCAACAGACCAGCAGUCCAGUGAUAAAGCAACUCAGAUGAGUCAGCCAUCAGAUUGCCCAGCUGUCCAACAGUCCGAUAGUCCAACAGGUCAGCUGUUCAAUAGCGCAGAUGUCCAGUGAUAAAGCAGCUCAAGUAGUGCAACUGUCUAGCAGCCUAGUAAUCCAGAAGUCCAACAGUCCAAAAGUUCAGAUAUCCAACAGUCCAAUAGUCAAACAGUGCAAUAGUCCAACAGACCAGCUGUCCAACAGCCUAGUAAUCUAUAAAUCCAACAAUCUAAUAUAGUAAAUAUAGUAAAAUAGUAAAGUGUGGCAAUCACAGGUAAUCACAGUAGGCUUCAUCUGUAUUCUUAUCAGCACAUGAUUUUUAAUGUUUUUCUUUCAAUAGUAAAAUGAUAUUU